AUGGCGGAAGCGGCUGUGAAGAAUGCCAAAAGUCUCAUGAAGAAAUGUUUCGGAAACUGGGAAGAGUUUCGAUCGAGAUGGAGCGAGUGGCGCAAUAUCCCGAGGAGCAACGGCAUUAGCCCGGCCGAAUUGUUGCUAGGACGGAGACAGCGAGGACUGCUACCCGUAAUUCCGCCACCAGACACAACCGUUAAGGAAAAUCCCAAAGUCAAAGGUAAACCGUUGAGAGAUUUGAAACCCGGCGAGAUCGUAUGGCUUCAAAACGUCAACACGAAGAAAUGGGACGAAAGCGGAAGAGUGACGUCGAUGAGACAACAUGGACGAUCUUAUUGGAUCGAAACGGAAGCUGGCUGGAAAACAUUGAGAAACCGCAGAUUUUUAAAACCUGUGAAGAAUGCCAAAAUGACACCCAAGAAACACGAAACGAAGUCAAAGUCAAACGUGGGGAUCGAAGACGUUCCAAGAAGAAGCGAAAG